AUGCUGGGGUCGAGCCGCCUCAUCCGUCUGUCACCAAAAGUCUUUGGAGCUGGCCUCCAUAUGUCCACGGAGCAGCAUACUGAGGCACAGGUUGCGCAGCUGGAGAUGCGUGCAACAAGUGCUGAGAAGCAGCUUCAGGCACUGAGGGUAAAGCUCGAGGACGGCGCCUGCGCUGGUGCCAGCAGUGCGAAUCUGGAGGCUCGUCUGCGUGAUUUGCUGAAACUCCUGUACGAGGACCGCGAUGAAUGCGAGACUAUCCGCGCUCAGCGUGAUGAGCUCAAGGAGGAAAACACCCGCCUGCGAGCGCAGGUGCUGAAGGGCGAGUACCGAAUUAAGCACCUACUGCGUACUAUUGAUGAGAUAGAAGCAGGCAGGUCCUCUCAGUGA